GGAGGAGGAGGAGGAGGAGGAGGAGGACGCUGCGCAGCAACAGUCGGCGGAGGCAGCGGCGAGGAUCAGAAGCGUAGAGGAGGAAGAGUCCCCUCUGUCACCAUGGUCAAGAUCGCCUUCCAGUCGCCCUUCGCCCACAAGGACGAGACCAAGAAGGAGGCGGCGGAGGCGCUGGUGGCCGAGAAGGAUCCAGAAGUUGCGACACAUGGCCAUGAAAAUUCAUCUGGAAGGUGUCUUCUGACUCUCUUGGGUCUUGCAUUCAUCUUAGCAGGAGUGGUGGUUGGUGGAGCAUGCAUCUACAAGUACUUUAUGCCAAGGCACAAAGUGUUCCGUGGGCAGAUGUGUUACGUGGGAGAGGACAAUCCGGAUCACGCGGGAGAGCCAUACUUCCUGCCCAUUGCCGAAGAGGCCGACAUCCGCGAGGCUGAUAACAUCGCCAUCAUUGAUGUUCCUGUUCCAAAAUUCUCAGACAGUGAUCCUGCAGCUAUCGUUCAUGACUUUGACAGGCUCCUUACAGCCUACCUUGAUCUGCAGCUUGGCAACUGCUACGUGAUCCCUCUGAAUACAUCCAUUGUUAUGCCCCCACGGAAUCUGAUGGAUCUUUUUGCAAAACUAGCGACCGGUUCAUAUUUGCCUCAGACUUACCUUGUUCGUGAAGAAAUGGUUGUGACAGAAAAGAUCGACAAUGUUUCUGAUCUGGGCAUUUUCAUUUACCAACUCUGUGUAGGGAAGGAAACUUUCAGACUUCAGCGCAGAGAUAAGACAAAUGGCCUCCAAAAACGUUCAGCUGAGAAGUGCCAUUCAAUCCGGCACUUUGAGAACAUGUUUGUUGUUGAAACCAAGAUCUGCCUGCAAUGAAAAGUACAGGGUGGAAAGUGACAAUCACGCAUCUUCAUUAAGAAGUCCAAGCUUUACAUCUUAAAACUUCAGAAUUAAAAAUGUGCAGUGAUAAUCAAAAGCCUUAUGCUUUUUUGUGAAUUGCUUAGAUUAAAAAACAAAGGGCAAACUCCAAAUUCACCCUAGGUUCCCUGGUGCUGCUACAUUUUCCAGAUUCUUAGUGUGAAUGGAAACUAGCACUUAAACCGAUACCUAUUACUCACCUGAAUGUCUGUUUCAGACCUUUUUUUAAACAAGGAGAAGUACAAGAACCCAGAUCCUGCAUAGUAGUGUUAUCGCCACCUUGACUCCUCACAUUAAGACAAAAGUGACUAAACUCUGGUUUGCACAUUUUUGCUUAGAUUUGUAAAAUUGUUCUGCACUUGGUUCUCCUAUAGAAAGCAACACUCAUCAUGACUUCUAAGGUUUAUUUGAACUUUAUGUGUGUAGCAUGUAAACUUUAACCUUGGUAAUCAUAAGCAGCUAAUACUGCUUCCCCCCCCCCCCCCCCCCAUUUUGUGCAAUUACUGUAUUGAACUUGUAUGUAUAUUUGGAACCUUCCCUCGGCUGACCUUGCUACUUACUUUUCUCUCUUUUUGUUUUUGUGAUAUUUAGUUGUAUAUCCAAGCACAGUUCCUACUUAAGCUUUUAUGUUAGUAUUUUGACGCUGAAUUAGUUUCAGCAUCUUAAUUAUGAUGAGCUUAUGUAAUUACAACUUGAUUUGGCCAACCGUCAAUGUUUCUGUAGCUGUAAAUUCCCUCCUGGCCUAUCUUACGAAACCUUUAGAGCAGAACUUCUUAUCAGCAAAGUAGCACUAGUAAGCAAUCAAAAAGUAUUGGCUGAGCGCAUACGACUGUGGAACAAGACGGUAAAGCGAUUGCUGGUGAGUUGCUAAUUUCAGUGUUUUAUAAGGGACUUUAUAUUUCACACAAUCCUGCAACCCUCUAAUAAAUGUUUCUCUAAGAC